CUAUUGUAAGAAAGAAAAGCGCUUGGGAGAAGAAUCCACAUGACGGUGUCUGAGGAUUAAUCCCUUUUUUUCCGUUUUUUUUUUUUUUUUUUUUUUUUUUCCUUUAGUCUCCUCACAUGAAAACCCGUGCGCUCCGGUCCCGUGCGUUUUGUUCCUUCCUUCGCAGACUGAGUGGACUUACACCAUCAGAGGCGAUGAGAUGUGAGUGAGCUAUGCCUUGUGGAAAUGGACAGACUUUUUCCAAGCGAAAAUAUGGCGUCUGCGUCCCGAGGUUUAGCUUCUUUUCCAGUCUGCUUGUGGCGCUCUGCUGCCUGGAGGUGUGGGGCUCCGGGCCGCCGUCGAGCUGCAGCCCCUGUCCGGUUAACUGCAGCUGCGCACUGGCGGGGCCCCAGGCGUCCUGCGUCGUCAACUGCUCCAACAUCGGGCUGGAGAGGGCCCCAGUGGCGGCCGACGUCCCCCACAACACCAACGUGCUAGAUCUGUCCAAAAACCACAUCUCUUCUCUUGACACCAGCCUGCUAGAUCGGCUCACUGGCCUUCGAGAACUGUAUCUACAGGGGAACAGGAUCAAUGUUCUCCCCAGGGGGGUGUUCUGCUGUGGGCCAUUGUCAAUCCUCGAUUUGAGCAACAACCAAAUCACAACCAUAAAAGAAAGAAUAUGUGACAACCUGUGCAAUUUAACACAAAUUGAUCUGAGCAACAACCCUUUCGAGUGCGACUGUAAACUCUUCAGGUUGGUCAGCUGGCUACAGGAGAAAGGGGUUCGAGUUCGACGCCCAGAUGCCAUGCUCUGCAACCAUCCCCCUGAGCUCCACCACCAACCGCUGCUCAACGUUAGCCUGCUCACCUGUGGUCUGAAUUAUGCAGCUUGUCUUGAAGACAGCAGCAGCGGAGGAGGCGGACGUAACGAGCUUGUUAUCUUCUCUUCCUCCACACCGGGAAAUUUUACACGUGAGCAGUGUAACAGUGUGUGUUUCCUGAUGUCACACCGCUACGGGGGUUUGGGAGCAAGGCAUGAAUGUCUCUGCAGCACAAAUUCUGAGCCCAACUUCAUCAGCGAGUCUCAGUGUUCUGCUGCCUGCACCAACCCAGAUGUUAUGAAGGACUGUGGGUGGACUCUGGCCGAGGAUGUGUUUGCGGUGGACUUCUCCGUCUCUGUGAAGCCUGUUCCGCUCCAAAGUGUUCACGACCAAAUCAGUUUCUCUGCCACUUCCUCCGUCACUCCUGUAACUCUCUCCUGGGACUUUGGCGACCAUUCAUCACGGGUUAACACUUCCGAAACAGAAGUCACUGGUGUCUCACACAAAUAUGGACUUCCAGGACACUAUGUAGUCAGUUUGAUGGCAUGGGCGGGACACAAGGAGGUCUCUGCACGGGGAGAGGUGACAGUGGCGCUUCCUCCCAAACUAGAACUGCUUUGUCCUUCUCUAGUUGUGGCCAAUAAAAGUUUAGAGCUCACACUCAUCAGCUGGGGUUCCAUCAGCUUGGAUAUAGACUGGAAAAUUACAAAGGACGGCAUCCAGGUUGCUAAAGCCUCUCCUCAUUGUCCAAGGGAUGGGGUAUUCCACAGCGAGUCCUCACACUGUUUCCAGAUUGUUCCAGGGGAGUUGAGCUGGACAGAUGCUCGAAAGCAGUGUUCAGACCGCGGUGGGGAUCUGGCAAUAGUUCGACCUGACACGCUGCGUAACCUGCUGGCACAUAAAGUCACACAGGAGCGAGGCGUGUGGCUGGGCUUGAGUGAUGUUGACACUCCUGGAAAGCUGCGUUGGGUGAACACCUCAGAGGCAGAGGAUGGAGAGGAGGGUCUGCAGCGUCGGACUCAAAUCUCCCGUGGAAACAUGUGUGUAUCACUCGAUCAGCGUGGGCAGAUCAGUUCACACCCAUGUAACGCCAAACGGGCUUACGUUUGCCAGUACAGUCCCCAAGUACGUGUUCCAGAUGCAGGGGUCUACAUGGUUGGCCUUGCUGUCUUUCCCACUCAUAAUCCUCUGCAUUCAGCCCCAUCUGCUCCUCUCACUGCACCACCACCACCCAUCAGCAGCAUAGAAGUGUUGCUAUUCCCAGCGCUGAGCUUUGUCCAGGCAGGUCGACUGUCUUCUUUAGAGUUCAUCACGCAGAGGCUGAAGUCACAUGUCCACAUCCUAUUCCAGACGUACAGACCCCACUGUCAUCAUCGUGGCCUUCACCUGCUGCUCCCCAGCUGUGGAGGUCCGGCAUGUGCUCCUGUAGCUGUUUGUGUUCCUAAUAACACAAAGAAAAGUGAACCACCGUCUUGCCCUCCACAUGAGCAAUGGUGUCCCUUCCAGCGUCACUGCCUUGGCCUUUCCACUCCCUGUCAACCAUCGUCCUGUCCGAACUGCACCCAAACUCACCGUCUGUCCACCGGGGUAUACAGGCCCCGAUACACACUGCAGAAUGAGAUUCUCAUCACUUUACCACCAGGACCUGGUGCACACAUAUUGGUGCAAGAACACCUGGAGGACCUCCUGGUUUCCCCUGGUGAUGUCUUUGCUCUGCAGCAUGAUGCUGGCCCCACCUCCUUUCUCCACUGCCAAUCAUCCCCACACUCACCUUGGAGACAGCCUGUUUUAGCAGUCAACCAAUCAGAGUGGUUCUGGAUUAACAACAGCAGACACACAGAUGAACAUGACUACCUCCCUGACCCAGAGCUGGACGUAGAGGCUCUGGUGGCAGAUGGAGAGGGAGGCUGGCUGGAGGAGGUGAUGUGUCCUGUCAGAGUCCUCUAUGUUGGGAGCAGUGAGACCAAACUACAGGGAGCACAGCUGUCUGCUGGUUUAAGUCAGCCUGGCCUCUACAACCUGCUGGUGACUUCAGCUGAGCCGUCCUACCCUGCCUCAGCUACAUGCCCAUUACGGGUGGUGCCGCCUCUGGGCUUAACGAUCAUCCACCCAGCUCCACAUAAUGGCACCAUCUAUCUUCAACCCAAUGACACGCGGCUGCUACUCCGUAUCCAGUCACGCUAUUUAACAAAAGUUUCACAGCGAGGCAGCAAUAGCAGUGUGAUCUUCCUGCCUGACUGUCCCCUGGAGUUUUUGUCAAGCCCUGGACUCUGUUUGCCUGGACCAACUUCAGGAUCUGGGCCUGAGGCUGCAGAACCCAGUCAGUAUGCAGUUUUGGAUUUGGGCCUUGGAAUGGAGGAACAAAAGAUGCCAGUGCAGGUGGAGCUAGAGGCCCACAAUAAUGUGACAGAGGCCAGCCUUACUGUGAUUGUACACCUGGAAAAGCCACUCAGUGGGCUUGUGGUGCAGCCACACCCUGCCCACAGGGUACUGAUGGAGUCCGUCGUGAGCUACACUGCAUCUGUGCAUGAAGGCUCCAAUCCUACAUUUAAAUGGACAGUUGAUGACAAACCGUACUUCACCUAUUACAACACUGUGCUCAACGUGAUCUACCAGCAUGCUGCUGUUUACAAACUCACAGUGACAGCCAUGAACCAUGUCAGCAGCCUCACAGAGCACUUUAACGUGACAGUGGACAGACUACAGCCCAUGGCUAACCUCACAGUCAAAGGAGUACCAGAUGUUGUCCCUCAGGGCUCCACUCAGACUCUCAGCACCUCUGUGCUCGUGGACAUGUCUGUAGCUGCCACCUUUCGAUGGUCUUUUGGUGAUGGUGGGUAUAAGGAGUUUGAGUAUAAGCCUCCCUACUCCUCGUCCCUCAACUGCCCUGACUCCCCCAAUCAAGUCCUCCUAAGCAACAAUGUCACUUAUAUUUACUCUCAGCCAGGAAUAUACACAGCUUUGGUGUCCGUGUCUAAUCGCUAUGAAAAUGUCAGUCAGAACAUCAACAUGAGUGUCUACAGCAUCCUCAGCCAUGUUGAUAUACAGACUGAGCCACGUCUGCUCCUAGCUCAUCAGUCAGCUGAAUUUGAGGCUCAUCCUUUGCCCUCGCCCUAUGGCAUUGUCUAUGACUGGCACUUUGGAGAUUACUCUGUCCCUUUGCAAGGUCGACGUGUGACACACACCUAUGCACAGAGUGGUGUCUACAAUAUCUGUGUAUCAGUAAAUAACACCAUCAGCUUUAAACAAGCUUGUGCUGAGACAUUUGUGUAUGACAAAAUUGAAGGUUUAACAGCAAAAAGCUCCUCUCCCACGGAGCUUCACAGUCCUGCAUCAGUGUGGGCACAUGUUACAGCUGGUAAUAACAUCACAUGGACUUUCUCCAUGGGUGAUGGGACUGUGUACACUUUAUCCAAACCUCAUGUGUCACACAACUAUUCUGAAGAGGGCAAUUAUACUGUGAAUGUAACUGCCUCAAAUGCUGUAAGCUCUGAUUCGACAGUCCUACCAGUUAAGGUGUUUGUCUUCCAAGUUGUAGAAAUAGAACCAUGUGGGUGUGUCCAAGAGAGGACUCUCGUCAACUUUAAGGCUUAUGUGACUGGUAACGCAUCCGCUCAUCUUUAUCAAUGGAGCUUUGGGGAUGGAAGUCCCAAUGAAACCCACUAUGGUGACUCCAACAUGUCACACACCUAUUCAGCCAGUGGGAACUACCACCUCUCCCUUGUUCUUUCCAGUGGUCUCAAUGAGGCUACCAAGUCCAUCUUAGUGUGUGUGCAACCGGCUUUAAUAAACAUCAACUUUACCCCUGAGAAAUUACACUAUGCUGUUGGAGAGACGGUUCAGUUUCAUGUCAAAGUGGAGCCACAAUUUAACUACGGCUAUCAGUGGGACUUUGGAAGAGAGCAAGAUCAUGUACUUAUUCACACUUCUGAGAAUGUUGUCACAACAUAUAAAGACCCUGGUCAAUAUGUUGUGACUGUCACCGUAUUCAAUAAUAUCUCCACCAGUAAUGCCAGUGCUCAGAUUGACGUUCACAUGCCAGUAGGACCAAUUGUCAUUCAACAUAAUGGCACAAAACACAAUAACCUCACCCUGAGAGCGCCCUAUGCUUUUAUGACCUCCUCUUUGGCCACUGAUGUCACUUACACAUGGAACUUUGGGGACGGGAACAUGCAAAUAGGCCAGAAUAUCAUCCACAAUUACAACAUAUCAGGGAAGUACAAUAUUACACUGACAGCUGCCAACACAGUUAGUAGGAACCAUACUGUUUUACCUGUUGUUGUGCUUGCACAGAUCCAUGGGUUAACAGUCAAUGCCAGCCUGGUAAAUGUCCCUCUAAAUGCAUCAGUUCACUUUGAGGCCCAAAUGGAAGAGGGAGAUGGUGUCCGAUUCUCUUGGAACUUGUGUGACCGCUGUACCUCCCACCUCCCUGAGACCCCCACAACGUUUUAUACAUUUCGCUCUGUGGGCACAUUUACCAUCAUUGUCACAGCAGAGAAUGAUGUAGGAACAGCGCAAGCAAGUAUUCUUGUCUUUGUCCAACGUGAACUGGAAGGGCUGCAAAUUUUAACAGAUGAGGAGAUCAGUGGCGGGGGAGUUGGUGGAUUAAAUGGUUGCUGCUUUGCUACAAAUCGUGAUUUGCACCUUCACGCAGGGUUAAAAGAAGGAACCAACAUGACUUUUACCUGGAACCUCAACAAAGAAUUUGAUCCUCUCAGAUCCAGCUUCAACAUAAGUGCAAAGUCUGUAGCGGUGAAUUUUCCCACACCAGGUCCAUGUGACAUCGGUCUUCGGGCAGCCAACCUGCUGGGCCAGCUAUCUGUCAACAGAACCAUCUAUUUCCUCGAACCAACUGGAUUAGUGUCCCUGCAUAUCAGCAAUAACCCUGUUGCAGUCAAUGCUCCAACUAACAUGACAGUAUUAGCAUUGGAGGGCACAGAUCUACAGUAUCGCUGGUCUGUGAAUGAUGUGGUUCUGCAAGGGAACGAGCCCUGGAAGAUGCAUACUUUCAUCAGUCCGGGCCUGAAGCAAGUUAGUGUGGAGGUUUUCAAUGAAGUUAGCUCAGAGGUUGUAUCAGAAGUUGUCCAGGUGCAGGAAGUCAUUUCUGGGCUAAGGUUCACUGCUACAAAUGUGACCGAGCAGAUUUAUGUAGCGACAGGAGUCAAUGUCUCACUGCAGGCGGAGGUUGAUAAAGGAACUAAUGUGACAUGGACAUGGUUCUUGGAUGGAAUAACAGAAACUGGAAACAAAACCUCACUCAUUUUUCACGAGCCAAAAACAGCAACCAUUAUUCUGAACGCCACCAACAACGUCAGUGAACAGGUGGUGUCCAGGGAGUGGUUUGUUCAGGACAGGAUUCAAGGGUUGGAGCUGAAGGCAAGUAAAAAGUUUGCAGCAGUGGGAGAGAAAGUGGAGUUCAACAUUUCUCUGAUAUCCGGCUCAGAUGUGCAUCUGACCCUCAGCAUCAGUGGGGACACCACUGUUUUCCCUGAGCCCAACCAAACCUAUGUCCACACAUUCACUAGGGUGGAUACCUACAUGGUGAAUCUCACCGCUCACAACCAGGUGAGUUCCAAGCGGCGGCAACUUCAGGUUGAGGUGAUGGAGCCGGUGCGUGGUCUCUCCAUUGUGGAUUGCUGUCCGGCUGCCAUCCCUGUUAAUGUGAAGAGGUCCUUUGUUGCUAACAUCCAAACAGGCAAUCCUGUCAGAUUCCUGUGGACCUUUGAUUUGCACCAUCUCAACAAACCAGCAUAUAUGAGCAAAGAGGUAUUCUAUACACCAGAAGAACCUGGUCUACUAACCAUCUAUCUGAAGGCCAUCAAUGCACUACAUGAUCAGAACAUCACUAAGCACAUCCUGGUGCAGAACCUGCUGACAAGAGCCACGCUGUAUGCAUCACCGCGGGACACUUUCAUCAACAAGACAGUGACACUUAUGGCCUUGGUUGAACCCAAAUCUACUCCUGUGGAGUGCUUGUGGGAUUUUGGAGAUGGUUCCACCUUCACUUAUACCAACAACACAAGUGUGGGUUAUGUCUACAAAUACCCAGGACAUUACCGAGUCCAAGUGAACUGUAGUAACCUGGUCAGCUCUGUGUUGGCUGAGGUAGAAGUAAACAUCACUGUAUUAGAGUGCGAGGAGCCAGAAGUGCAGGUGCAAGCCCCCCGUCUUUCUAUCUGGCGUUCCCACCUCACUGUGUUUGAUGCCAAUGUCGACCUGAAAGGCUGUGUACGCUAUGGAGCGCAGUACCUCUGGCAGAUAUUCCAGACACCCCACUGUGAUAAUGAUAAAGACGACCGUAUUCUCUCCGAGGAGGGGUCAGAGCCCUCACAGCCUCUCCCAGUUCACCUACCAGCAGAAGUGGAUAUGCGGCGCCUUCAGCUGUCAUUGCCGAAGAUGACACUGGCAGCAGGGACCUACACCCUGGUGUUUUCUCUGUCAUAUGAAGGUGUACCACUGAGGAAAGCUGCCUGUCUGGAGCUUAGUGUCAUGGCUGCCAGGCUGAUGCCGAUUAUAGAGGGAGGCUCUCACAGAGUUUGGUCUCGAACCCAGGACUUGCAACUCAGUGCGGAGCAGUCAAGUGACCCCAACAUGGACCCUGAAAGCCAACCACUGCUGCAGUACCGCUGGGAAUGUCAGAACACAUCAAAGGGUCCAGAGCACUGCUCCAGUCUGAAUUUUGGGUAUGGCUCCAGCGAUCCAGUGCUUGGAAUAUCUGGCUCUGAGCUUGAAGCAGAUGUUGAAUACACUUUCAAACUGACUGUCAGCAAAGAUGGCAUGGCACCGGAGUCAACCACACAGACAGUGCUCGUCCAAAGUGGACAUAUUCCCAUGGUUUAUCUGGAGUGUGUGUCCUGUAAGGCUCAAUCCAUUUACGAGGUCAGCGAAAACUCUUACGUCUACCUGAAAGGAACCUGCACCAACUGCCAGGGUGUCCCUCGAGGGCGCUGGAGUGCCACAACUUUGCAGAAAGACACUCUGGUCCUUGACUCCUCCUCCACCACCACAGGAAAUGGAGGCAUGAACUUGGUGUUGCGCCAGGGCGUUCUGCGCCAUCAAGACUCCUAUAUCUUCACCCUGCAUGUGACUGAUGCCAGCCUGGAUGGUGAAGGAGCUGCGUCCAUCACACUCCACCGCAACAUGCCUCCAGCUGGAGGGGAGUGUCACCUGGGAGGGGGAGGUGAAGCGGGAAUGGAGUACAGCGAUGGAGACGGUGAAGGCUGGAGGAUACGCACACUGAUGGACCGAGUUCACUUCAACUGCUCAGGUUACAGGGAUCUUGGGGUUUCAGAGACACCCUUGCUUUACAGUCUGUUAGUGACUCGCUGCAGAGAAGAUUACUGCGAGGACUUCUGUGUGUAUAAAGGCAGCAGUCCAGAGCACUCGGCUUUCCUGCCUCCUGGCUUCAGCUCUGCUCGACACCGUGUAUCUGUUUCCAUCACAGUGGAAGACCACCAGGGAGCGGCUUCUAUUGCACGCAACAAGACCAUCGAGGUUGUGCUGCCAGAUCCCCCCCCUGAAUACAGCAGCCUCCCCCACUGGCUGUCCAAUCUGACUGACAGCAAACUGAAAACACUCCUGGAGCAGGGGGAUUCUCAGAGGGUUAGAGAGCUAUCACUGGCUCUUAUUACAGUUUUAAAUGAGUAUGAGCAGACCAGAGGGUCAGCACGUGUGUCUCAAGCUGAGCGUGAAUAUAGAGUUCGAGUCCGCAGCAACAUCACCAGAGCUCUGACUUCUCUGGAUCUGACCACAGUUAGCGACAUCCAGCAGACGUCAGCUGCUCUGGCACAGUGCACGGCGGUGAGUCGAGAGUUCAUCUGCGAGGAGUGUCAGAACAGCACGCUGAACAAGCUGGAGUCCAUGUUGGAAAUUCUGCAGACGGACACCAAGCAAGGCACUGUCACUCCCACUGAGAUAGCUGACAACAUCCUGAACAUCAUGGGUGAUCUAAUCCAUCAGGUCAGCCAGUCAGCCUCCCAGUCUUACAUCCCUCCUCCUUAUGUGGACUCCUCUCCACCUUCAUCCACCUUGUUGUCUGCUACUCUUGAGCCGGGUGGAGCCCUGUUAGAAUCUUCUCCCUCCUUAUUUGAACCACAUCCUCUGCGUGUGGCUGCCAAAGCCUAUAACCUGUCCUCCGUCCUCAUGCUGAUCCUUAUGCACGCCCGUGUGCUCAACGAGGAGCCUCUCGUGCUGAAGGGAGCAGAGAUCGCUGCUACAGGAAAACUAGCAGACCCCCAGAGCCUGCUCUGUUACCAUGGCAACAACAGUCCAGAGUGCCAGCGGUUCUCCAUACCUCGAGCUUUCAACAAAAGUCUUGGCAGAGCUGCUGCCGGAAACAGCAUCAUGCAGCUACUUUUUCAGGUUGAGUCCAAUCCUUUCCCUUUCAACUAUGUGGCGAACUACACUGUCUCAACUGAGGUGGCGUCUAUGGAAUUUCGAACAGAGAACGGCACCCAGAUUCCCAUCUCAGGCCUGGAUGACAGUUUAGCCAUCACUGUUGCCAUUAACAAUGGCAGUGGUAAUGGAGAAGUGGGCCCUGAGGGGUCUGGCACUGGGGGGGUCCCCAUAGCUGGAGCUGUAAACAUCAGCCACUGUGACUCCGUCAUCAUAAGAGUCAGCGCAAGAAACACCAACCGGCAGGCAGGACUGUUUGUGCAGCUUAACUUCACUGCUCUGGAGGAUGUAGGAAGGCAAAGAAGAAAGAUGGAGGAAGAGGGGGAGCCAUAUAUCACAGCCUACCUUCACUCUCAUGAACAACCCAAUGAGUUCAACUACACAGACAGAAAACAUAUCACACUUGGAAUGACCAGGGGGCAAGAACUAGACCAUAGGAAAUAUACCUUCUUCCUGUCGCCAGAAAUGUAUGACACCACACUGGACUACUUUAUCAACGUGAGCACACCCUGCGGCCCCAGCUCUCAGCCAGUGGGGGUCCAUUUAGAGGUCGGGGUUUUUGUCUCCCUGUGCCAGUACUUCAGUGAAAGUGAUAAGCAGUGGCGGACUGAUGGAAUGGUACCCCUAGCUGAAACUAAUGCCAGCAGAGCAGUGUGUCGCACCAGACACCUCACCGCCUUUGCUGCAGGCCUGUUUGUGCCACCCAAUGCCAUCAGCUUCAAAGUCCCAGAGCGUUCUGGGCCGCCAAGCCUUGUUGUGCUGCUGGUGUGUAUUUUGGGUUUACUAAGCUAUGUUGUGGCUGCAGCCAUUUUACAUAAGCUGGACCAGCUGGAUCUACGCCGGGCUGGUGUGGUUCCACUCUGUGGCCGAGAUGGGCUGUUCAAGUAUGAGGUUCAGGUCAAGACUGGUUGGAGCCGAGGGGCAGGGACCACAGCCCAUGUAGGGAUCAGUUUGUAUGGACGUGAGAGUCGCAGUGGACACCGCCACCUCGACAGCAGAGGAGCCUUUUCACGCAAUGCUCUGGACAUCUUCCAUAUUGCCACAGAUACCAAUCUAGGAAGUGUGUGGAAAAUACGGCUUUGGCAUGAUAACAAGGGUUUGUCUCCUGCAUGGAUGCUUCAGUACGUCUUGGUCAAAGACCUACAAACAGGAAGCAGCUACUACUUCCUGGUUGAAGAGUGGCUGUCAGUAGACAAUGAACGAACAGACGGACGGGUGGAGAUUGAGGUUGAGGCAUCAGAGGAGGCUGUGCUCCGUCAGCUGCCCCGACUCCUGCACUGUGAGCUGCAGAGGGCAGUAUGUGAAAGUCACCUGUGGCUUUCACUCUGGGAACGGCCCCCUCGCAGCCCCUUCACCCGCCUGCAGAGAGCUACAUGCUGUGCUGUGUUACUGCAGCUCAUACUGAUGGCCAACACACUGUGGUACAGCAUAGUAGUGGACAAACGAUACAGCCUGAGGGCCGUGUCCAGGUUUUCCUCAUUAAAUGGAGAGACUGUGGCAGCAGGAGUUGUGGCCUGUCUGAUCGUCUACCCUCUCUAUCUGCUUGUUUUCACACUGUUCAGAAUGAGCCGCAGCAAGUGUGUAUCUGUGGAGCAGGUGUCACCACAAGUGGACCAGGAGUCAGUGGAGAUUGAUGAUUUUCUGGACAACUCCAUGGCUGGAAGUUCCUUCCUGUUUUUUAAUGGAGAGACCAAUUCAGAAGAAACCAAUGUGGAUUUACCCACCCCUUCAACCAAAAGUGUGGAGAGUUGGGGCAUGGCAGAGGAGGAGAUGGAGGACAGGGACUGGCCGGAGCUCCUGAGUGAUGUGUCAGUGGUGGGAGGGAUGGGGUAUGGAGCGGGGCUACCCAGACUGAAGAGGGGUCAAGGGAGCAGGCACCUUGGGGUGGACAUGACCUUUAACCCAGACGAAGAGGACGGCACUGAACAACGCAACAAAUAUUUCACCUCUUCAGACGAGGAUCUGAUCAAGCACAUCCUGGCUGACGGACAGAACUUCUUUCCUCAAGCAGAUGAAAGUGAAAUGGCUGACCUUUCAAGCAUCCUCGGAGAUAAGACAGAAGUGAUUCUCCUACAGAAAUUGAAUGAACCUCUUCCUCUGGAGACUGUCAGAAGGGACCCACCGAAAACUGCCUUCACCUCAAACACUGUUGUGACAGAUGUGUGUCGUCCCAGACGAUUCCCUCCCUGGUGUGGUCGUGCUGCUUUGUGGGGAAGCUGGUCAGGAAUUGCUCUGGCCAAUGCUGUUUCAAUUUGGACGGGCCACAGUUUCAGUCAACGUGUGGCCAUGAUGUGGCUCAUUUCAUGUUUUGCUAGUUUCCUGUGUUCCUGCCUUCUGUUGGAGCCAAUAAAGGUGUUAUGUGAGGCAGUUUACUACGCAGUGUUUGUGUGUCGUCUGCGUCCGGAGGACCAGGACGUGCUGGUGGAGUUCCCUCGGGUGGAGAGAGUUGUUCAGAGGGUCCCCAGGGUGCGACCUCCACAGGGAUUUGCUCUGUCCCAGGCCCGGCACCAGGCCCGCAAGGUCCACAUGCUGCACACCAUGUUGAAGAAUUUCCUGGUUUACAUGUUUUUGUUGUUGGUGGUUUUACUUCUCAAUUAUUCUGACACGGCCAAAGACACACACAGCCUGAGACUGCGCACUCAGCUGCAGAGAGCCCUACACACACCUGAGUAUCACAGCAUCACCAGCCGAGAUGAUGUUCUGAUGUGGUUGAAUGAGUCUUUGUUGCCUCGCCUACUGGAUGACCCUGCCCUUUUAAAAGAUACAGGAAGUGUGUUACUCGGCACAUUGAGGCUCCGACAAAUUCGUGACACACCGGUUCCUGGUGGCUUCACAGCAGGAGAAACAGUCCUGGGUAAAGGCUGGAUAACAUUUCCCACCAAAGAUGAUAACAAUAAAACAGCACUCAAUGACUCUGAUGCAAAUGGGACAUGGCGUUUGGGUCAGAACCAGAUGCCUACCAGUACAGAUCUGAUCCACCAUCUGAAUAGAAGCCUGGGCGAAGCCUCUUCCACUCUUCUGCAGCUGCAGCAGCAGCACUGGCUCGACUACAGGACCCGUGCUGUGUUUGUGGAGUUUUCACUGUACAACAUCAACACCAACCUCGUGGCCGUCUUCUCCUUCAUCUUUAAGUUCCCAGUUUCUGAGCGUGCCCAGUCCAGCCUUGACCUUCUUGUCAUCACCCUGUGGCCAAUCACAGGCCUGGAUUUGCAGCUCCUCCUCAUGAUGGUCCUCCUGGCCCUGGUGUUGUACUUCCUGGUGCGGGGGAUCAUGGGAUUCCUCAGAGAGGGUUUUGUGUACCUUAUGUCAGCCUGGAGACUCCUGGGCAUCUGUAAACUGGCUCUGGCUCUAUCUGUGUGCGGUCUGCACCUGAGUCGCUGCAUCAUGGCCAAGCAGCAGUGGGCGUCGUACCUGCAGCACCCACGGGACGCCUUCACAGACUUCUACCCCCUGGCCAAACAGAGCCACAUGUACACAGUCAUCUCUGCUUUACUGCUCUUCAUACUUGUGCUCAAGGCGUCCCACCAGUUGCGGUUUCUCAGAGAGUGGGCUGUGUUUGGCAGAGCUUUACGGCGCUCGGUCUGGGAGCUGCUGGGAGUUGCCGUGGCUUUACUGCUGCUGUUACUGGCUUACGCACACACAGGACACCUGCUCUUUCACUCUAUAUUCGAUGGCUACAGCAGUGUGAGCUCGGCCUGUCUGUCGCUGUUGGGUACUGGUGGGUGUGGCCUGUUAUACUGGAGACCAGUGUGGUCCAUCACUGGUCCCUUCAGCGGCGUCUCCACGCUGGUGUUCCACACAAGUUUCGCCAUACUUCGGCUGGUGUUACUGUGGCUCGUCACCUCGGUGUUACUGAGGAACUACCGGCGAGCACGAGCAGAGCUGUACCGCCCAGCCGUUGACCUCCAGGAUUAUGAGAUGGUCGAGCUGUUCCUACGCAGACUCAAAAUGUGGAUGGGUCUCAGCAGGGCCAAGGAGUUUCGUCAUAAGGUGCGUUUUGAGGGCAUGGAUCUGCCUCCGUCACGCUCCUCCUCCACCAGUGACUGUAAGUCUCUGUGUUUGCCGCCCCUGGACGGUCCCGACUCCCCACCGACCCCAGACAGCGUUGACGCCGGCUCUGAGGCUUCGUGGCGCCCAACCUCCUCCAGCCCCUGCAGCCUGACCGAGGCCCCUGGCAUCGGACUGGGGCUCGGCCUCGGACUGGGACUAGGGCUCGGCCCUGGUGUGGUGGUAGGAGGAACCAGCUGGAGGGAGAGGGCAGAGACCGAGGCCUCGCUGAGGAGGCUCCUACCGACACUGGACGCCCUGCUGCAACAGCUCGACCGUGUCACCAUGGCAACAGAGGACCUGUAUCACAUCGAGUGCAGACUGGAGCGGGCCCAAAGGAAAAGGAGGCACAGAGGGAGAGAAAAAGGGGGAAGAGGAGGAGGUCAGGGAAAGAGGAGUGAGAUGGGGCAGAAGGGGAAGGGAGACAAAGACUCUGGAUGGAGAGAACGAAAGAGUGGAAAAGACAAACACAAAGGGAGCAAGAAGAGCAAAAAGACAGAGAAGAGUGAUUCAGCAAAGGACUGUGGAAACACUAAAAAGACUCCUGCAGCCACUCCUGUUCCCUUCUUAAAGUCGAAACCAGCCCCUUCACAAACCCCCGCCCCUCCUUCGACAAACAGAUCUGUUGUCAGUGCACCUCCGCCCACACCAGUGACAGACAAACCUGACCCCGUGUCUCGCACCAACACUCUGUCCAAAACUGUCACCGUGCCUCCAUGCACUCCUGCACCAACUCCCUCCAUACCAUCUACUCCUGCCACUACACCCAUUAGCCCCACCCAAACGGUCACAGGUCGCAAAUGGGACCCCCCCACAGAGAGAGAGACCUUCCCUCCCUCCUCCAGCCUGUUCAACCACCCAGCUCACACAAUCACCAUCCCCACACACAAACGAAAACGCAAACCCCCACCUCUGAAAAACAAGGUGCACCCAAACCUCGACAGGCACGGGCCUGGACACCCGAAAUCCUGAGGGGUGGGGGCUCUGAGUAAAGGAGGGACAACACAACUGAAACAAAAAGAUGGAGAAAAGAAUGUCAGAGAAAAUGACGGGUUAAGGACGAGAGGAGGACGGGGCAGCGGGUUUGUUCCCACGCCCCUCUCUAAACCCACGGAGAGGAAAUGCAAAAAAGAGAGACAAGUCCAUUGGGCAAGUCAAACGCAGAGAAAUAAAAGAACACCUGAUGGCCUGCGCUGCCAAAAUCAAAACUCUUGUCUCUCAGAAACAAGGUGCCGGUCACCAGUUACUAACUGAGCUGGCUGAGACUUUUAAAGCAAGAGACUGUCCUUCGUCCUUUUUCUGUGGACCAAAACUGACCCCUGAAGCCAUGUGACCCUGGAGGUUAUAUGGGGUUGAUGACAGGAGCACACGAACGUGCUCACCCAACAAUGAAUAGAAAGCAGUCUGUGUUUUGUAUGUUUCUCAUGAUUUCUCAGUUAUGUGUAUCUACAUGUUUUUAUAUCAAAGCAAUAUUACUAUGGGUACUUGUGGCCUGUGAAGGAAGUUUGAUAAAUUUGCAUGCAGGUGCACACAGAGUUACGCACACACGGUUAGUUAUACACAUGCAUUAAAAAAAAAAAACACUGUAGGUCCAGAGGUGCUUAUAUUAAUGUGUCGUACACUUCACCCCACAGAGGUACAAGAGGAAAAAACAAACUGAAUCACACAGGAUCAGAAACACACACACUGGGCUGUUGUGAUCCCAGCAGCCACUUCUUCAGGGCAUGAAUAGAUUUGUUCUGUCUACAGAUGGUCUGUGGAUAUAAAGCUAAAGGGAAGACAUGAAAAGGCAGCAGAAUGACAAAUAGUAAGUGUAGGAAGUGAUGGUAAGAGUGGAAAAAAGAUGGGUAAAGAGGUAGUGAUAAUGAUGGGUAAAAAA